AUGGAUAAUAUUGAUCAUGCUACAAAGAGUGCUAAUACAAAUGAUAAUAACGCUGAAUUUGCUGCUACAGGAUUUAAACCAAAAAGAAAAUUCAAUGGUACAAAAUCAAAAAGAAACUGUUAUUAUUGUAAUUCCAAUGAUCAUCUCAUCAAGGAUUGUGAAAAACACAAACAAUUUAUGUCUGGUGCUGGAAAUGCUAAAGAGAAUACACCUACAGCAUGGGCUGCUGUGUUUUUGGGUCAAUCAGAUGGUCUAAAUAGUCAUGAAUGGAUAUUCGAUUCGGGUGCUUCAGUACAUAUAAGCAAUUCCAGACAAUCUUUUACAGAAUUUAGAGAUGCUCAUGAUAAAAUUAAAGGUUUAGGUGGUGACUCUAUUAUUUCAGGUUUUGGUACAGUAAAGUUAAAUAUUAGUGGUAAAGAUUUUACAUUACAAGAUGUUGCAUAUGUACCAAACUCACCUUUAAACAUUAUUAGUGUUGCAAAGGCAACAGUUAAUGGUGCAAAAUUGAUAUUUACAGAAAAUGAAGUUAGAGAUUCAGUUACAGAUGCUGUUUAUGGUCUUUUAGAUACUGAUACAAUGUUGUUUAAAGUGUUAACUAGAGAUGAUGAAAUAAAUGGUUCUUAUGCUUAUGUUAGUGUAGAUCCUCCAUCUUUAAACCAAUAUGAGCUCUGGCAUGCUCGUCUUGGCCAUCCAGCUUUACCUACAGUACAAAAGUUAAAUAAGAAAUUUCAAUUAGGUAUUAAACAUUUUGGUUCUAGUGAAGACUAUAUCUCACCAUGUCCAACAUGUAAGGUUACCAAAGCUGUGAAGAAAAUCAACAAGAAGGCAACCAGAACAACCAAUCGGGUAUUAGAGCUAUUACAUACUGAUGUGGUGGGUCCACUCAAUAUAUCAGAAUCAGAAUAUCAAUAUUUCGUAACCAUCUUGGAUGAUUACAGUAGAUAUAAUUAUGUUUAUCCACUGGUUAAUAAAGGUGAUGCUAGUGCUGUUAUUCAAAAUUUCAUCAAAAUUCAUGAAUCCAAAUUGAAUUCAAAGGUUGCAACUAUUAGAUCCGACAAUGGUGGUGAAUAUUGUUCAUCAGAAUUUCAUGAUUUCUGUACUACCAACGGGAUUGUUCAUGAAUUCAGUGUCCCUUACAAUAGUUCACAAAACGGCGCUUGUGAGCGUGUCCAGCGUACCAUUGAAGAUAAAAUGAGAGGUCUUUUAGCUGGUGGUAAAGUACCUUUUUCCCUGUGGACAGAAGCAUUGAAUACUGCUUCAUACUUGUUGAAUAGAACUUUGCACUCAAGAUUUCAAUAUAAAAUAACUCCAUUUGAAAAAUUUACUGGAACUCCACCAAAUUAUUCCCAUUUAAAAGUUUUUGGUUCAACUGCUUAUGUUCUUAUUCCAACCGCUUAUAGAUCACAUAAAUUGGAAAAUAAUGGUGCAGUAUGUACCAUGGUAGGAUAUGAUCCUGUACAUAAAGCAUAUAGAUUAUAUGAUUUAUCCAAACAAAAGAUUGUUGUUGCCAACAGCUGUGAUUUUGAUGAAGCUAGAUUUCCUUUAGCAGAAUACGAUGAGGUUGUUGUUAUUAAUGCAUUUGGCUCUGGCACAAGAACAGGUGGUUUUGUUCAAAAUAGUGGUUCAUCAAUUAGCACACAUCGUGGUACCACUCAAUCAAAUAAUUCUAAAACAUUUGAUGAUUCUUUCAGAUCAGAAGACGCUCAAGGUUCAGAUGAUACUAAUGACCAUUCUUCCACAAUUUGUUCCAUUUCAGAUGGUUCCAUAUUAUCCACAGGAUCCGAUUGUGAUCAAUCUGUUAAUCAUGAUCAAUUAUCUUUGGCCUCAAGAUCUGAUCAUAAUGCACAAGCAAGUCCAAGCACUGACCCUAAGGACACAACAGAUAAUGAUUCUCAUUCCAAUAAUGCUGACAACUCCUCUAAGUCAAUACCAUCAAGUCCAGAAUUUGAGUAUGAUCAUGGUUUUAAUGAAAGAACUUUACCUGAAAUCAAACCAUUAGGGGCUGAUUCCAUUUUGAAUUCCGGAGAAUAUAUUAGUUCCGAGCAUACUACAGGUGAAAAAUUUGAUGACCGAGGAUAUAAUGACCGGUUCAUAGUUACACCAAAGAAACUAACUUUUAAAAGACCUCGUUCACCAUCAUCAUCAUCAUCGUCAUCACGUCCUGUUUCACCUAAUCGGUUUUUAGCUAUUGCUCCUGAUGAUGAGGAUAUCACUGAAAGAUCAUUAGUUCAUUAUAACACCAAUCAUAUUCAAGAAUCAAGGGAAGGAACAUUGGUAAAGCAUUAUGAUAGUACUAAAGAUGAUACUUCUAAUAUGAUGGUCACAAAGAACAAUAUAUAUGAUAAUGAGAAUACAGUUGAGCUAAUAUCAAGACCUGCAUCAAAACGAAUUAAGGGUGAUGAUCAUAUCAAUUAUGCUGCUACUGCUAUGGUCAAAAUUAGUCAAAAUCAAAGUUCUGACAUUAUUUUACCAACAUCACCAAAAUCUAUAGAUAGAAAUCCUCAUAAAAACAACUGGUUAGAAUCAAUGGGUGAUGAAUUAGGUUCUUUUAAAGAAAAUGAUGUUUACAAGGUAGUAAGAGCUCCUAAUGGAGAAAAGAUCGUGGGCUCCAGGUGGCAUUACACGGUAAAGAGUGAUAACAAGUUAAAGAGUAGGAUAAUAGCUCAAGGCCAUAAAAUGGUACAAGGUGAAGAUUACACUCACAGCUACAGCCCGGUGAUACGCUAUGACAGUGUUAAGAUGCUCCUGUCGUUAGCUGGUGCAUUGAACCUAAAAAUCGCAACAUAUGAUAUAAAGACUGCUUAUUUACACAGUAAAUUAAAAGAAAAGGUUUAUUUAAAGAUUCCUUACAUGGGUGAAGGUUAUGAGGAUAAAGAUAAUGUCUGGCUUUUAAACAAAAGUGUUUACGGUUUGCCUCAAUCUGGUUUAAACUGGAAUGAAUUAAUGACCAAUUUUUUAACAAAAGAAGGAUUUAAGGUUAAUUCAGCAGACAAUUGCGUUUUCUACAAGAGUACACCAACUGGAAUUGUCCUGAUCGGGUUGUAUGUUGAUGAUCUCCUCGUGUUAUCAAAUGAUACAAACAAUCUAUACAAUUUUAAGAAAUCACUUUUGACCAGAUUUAAAAUUUCCGGUGGUGAUGAGAUAGAAGAUUUUGUACAGAACAAAGAUAAAAUUGAAAGUAAGUUCUUAGGUAUGAAUAUCACACAACACAAUGGUGUUGUUGAAUUAUCAUCAAAAGAUUUUAUAAAUAAGGUUGUUAAAGAAUUUGAAGCUGAUAACAAUGAAGAACUUUUCCCAAUUUCCAACCCAAUGGAUCCAAAUCUAAAAUUAUCAAAAGAAGAUGAACUAAUGCCGGAUGCAACUAAAUAUAGAUCCAUAUGUGGUAAAAUUUUAUUUGCAUCAGUCACUACCCGUCCAGAUAUUUGUUUUGCAACAAGUCAAUUGACCAAAUACAUGCAAUCACCAACAGUUAAAGCUUUUAAGGCUGCAAUCAAAGUGCUACGCUACCUUAAGGGAACCAUAAACCUGGGUAUACAUUAUGGAGAUAAUAAUCAAGAUAAAGGGUUAAUUACAGGAUAUUGUGAUGCAAGUUAUGGAACUGCAGAAAAUUUCAAAAGUGUUAGUGGUUAUAUGACCAAAAUAGCUGGGGCACCAGUAACUUGGAAAAGUAAAACCCAGAACAUGACAACCUUGAGUUCCACGGAGUCUGAAUAUGUUUCAAUGGUUGAAACAUCUAAAGAAAUUGUGUGGUUACAACAAUUACUAUCUAUCAUGAAUAUACCUGGUGCUAAUGAAACAAUCAACAUUUAUCAAGAUAAUGAAUCAGCAAGACUGUUAAGUGAACAUCCAAAUUUUCAUUCUAGAUCCAAACAUAUCUCUAUUAGGUUACAUUAUAUAAGGGAGUUAGUACAUGAAAAGGUUGUGAAGUUUAUACAUCAGAAUGGUCAAGAUUUAAGUGCUGAUAUAUUUACAAAAGCAUUAAGUAAAGGUAAGUUUAUUCACCUUAGAGAUUUACUAGGCCUAAGGAAUUGCACUUAA